CUUGCCUUGCCUUGUGCUCUCUCAGUUAUCGACGGAGUCAGUGUCCUCCGGUGGCCGGUGGCUAAGCAAGCAAUGCAGAGGGAUUCUUCUUCUUCCGAUGAAGAAGACAACCUCAUCAAUCAGAACGAGAGGAAUCCCUCUGCUCCCGCCACCUUCCACAUCCAACACUUGACAUCUCGUUUCAAUUCCAAGUUCAUUUUCCAUAAGAGGUACCUUUUCGCCCUUUUCCCUCUUUUCAUCAUCCUCUUCUUCUAUUUCACUCCCGAUACCCAUUCUCUUUUCUCCACUACUAAGUCUUUCAACAUCCCUGACCAUACCAACGAUUCCCAAUUGCGCGCCCUUUACCUCUUGCGCCAACAGCAAUUAGGGCUUCUUCGAGCUUUGAACUCAACCAUUCUUUUCAAUUCCACUUCCCAAACCCACGAUCUGAAUCCCUUCCACGAUCUUAAGUCCUUCUUGUUCAAGCAGAUUUCCCUCAACUCACAGAUUCAACAGGUUCUGCUCAAUCCCCAUAGGACCGGCAACUUGGUUGAUUUUGGGAAUGCUAGUUUGGGUUAUGAAGAAUAUGAUAGGUGUAGAACAGUGGAUCAGAACUUGUCACGAAGAAGAACCAUCGAGUGGAAGCCCAAAGCUGAUAAAUUUUUGCUUGCUGUGUGCGUUUCGGGCCAGAUGUCUAACCAUCUCAUUUGCUUGGAGAAGCAUAUGUUCUUCGCGGCUCUUCUUAACCGGGUUUUGGUUAUUCCCAGUUCCAAAGUGGAUUAUCAGUAUGAUAGAGUGUUGGAUAUUGAUCACAUCAAUAGAUGCUUGGGAAUGGGAACAAAGGCGAAGGUUGUCGUCUCCUUUGAAGAAUUUGCUAGCAUUAAGAAACAUCAUAUGCACAUAGAUAAGUUCCUAUGUUAUUUUUCAUUGCCUCAACCCUGUUUUCUAGAUGAUGAGCGUUUGAGGAAGUUGAAGUCUUUGGGUUUGUCUAUGAGUAAACCUGAACCUGUUUGGGUUGAGGAUACCAGGAAACCCAGCAAGAGGACGGUUCAAGAUGUUCUGUCUAAGUUUGCACAUGAUGAGGAUGUUUUGGCCAUUGGGGAUGUUUUCUAUGCUGAGGUGGAGCAAGAGUGGGUGAUGCAACCCGGUGGUCCACUUGCUCACCAAUGCAAGACUCUAAUUGAACCCAGCCGUCUUAUUUUGCUCACUGCUCAGCGUUUUAUUCAAACCUUCUUGGGGAGGAACUUCAUUGCAUUACACUUUCGAAGACACAGAUUUUUGAAGUUCUGCAAUGCCAAAAUACCAAGUUGCUUUUAUCCCAUUCCUCAAGCUGCAGAUUGCAUCUCGCGUGUGGUUGAAAGAGCCAAUGCACCCGUCAUUUAUCUUUCUACGGAUGCGGCAGGUAGUGAAACUGGUCUGCUUCAGUCACUAGUGGUGCUAAAUGGCAGGCCUGUUCCACUUGUUAAACGCCCAGCUCGUAAUUCAGCAGAAAAAUGGGAUGCAUUGUUAUACAGGCAUCAUAUUGAGGGAGACCCUCAGGUGGAAGCCAUGUUGGACAAGACUAUCUGUGCCAUGUCUAGUGUGUUCAUUGGAGCCUCCGGUUCAACUUUCACUGAAGACAUCCUGCGGCUAAGAAAGGACUGGGGAUCAGCAUCAUUGUGCGAUGAGUACCUUUGCCAAGGUGAGGAGCCAAAUGUUGUAGCGGAAAAUGAAUGAAGAUACCUGUGACUUUUCAUGUAUGCCAAGAAUCAGAGGGGCUCGUCUUUGUCCUUGAUAGGUUUGAUUAGGAUUUGUCAAUGUGUAAUAGAAUUAGCGAUUUGGCUCAUAACUAUGGCUUGUUGUACAUAUUCUAACACGAUGAGUAUAGUUUGUAUCGAACUUAUUAAACUUGGACUGAUCAUUGAUUCGGUUCGGAUAUCGAGUAACCGGGUCACUGGUUUAACUCAUAGGUCACGAGAUAAAUUGAUUUAACUAAGUUUGUAUUAAAAUUUAUAAUAAAUAAAACAUU